AUGAAUGGAAGUGCGAUGGACCGGGACGACUUUGACUUCCCGCCGGAUCCUGCCGCGGAUGAAUUCGACCUGGGCGGCGAUGUUCUCGAGGGCGUCCCCCUCCGCACGCUCUCCAACAAACCGAUCGAGGAGCUCCCGCCGACGGUGGUGCCGACGGAGCUGCAGCAGCGGCCGAUUCGACAGUUGCUGCAGGGCGGCCGGCGGCAGCGCCAGCGACGGGAGCGGAGUCCCCCGCGCGAGUCGGCGGCGAGCACAGCGGAGGAGGACGCGGGAUCGGCACCUCCCGCCGGGAACAAACGCGCCCGCUUCGACUGGACGGAGGAGGAGCUGCGGGAGUUCUACACGUUCCUCUCGCAAUACGGCACGGACUUUAAUGCCAUCGCCGUCAUGUACAAUGGGCGAUCGCGGGCAGAUGUGAAACGGCUGUAUCACCGCGAACUACGCCGUCGCCGCAGUGAUGUGCGGGCCGCUUUGGCAGCGCGAGAGGCGAUUGAUCUCGGCGUAUUCCGAGCCCGCCUGAAGCGCCGCGAGGAGGAACGACAAGGGCCCGCCCGCCGUCUAGACCACGACGAGGAAGAGGCGCUGCGGCAAAUAGAGGAGGGACUCUUUGGAGAGCAGCACGAGGAAGCAGACGCCGAAUUCAACUUUGACACCGUGGUGGAUGAAACAAAUAAUAAGGAAGAAGGAGAGCAAGAAGAUGAAGGAAGAAGAAGAGAAGAAGAAGAAGAAAAGGGAGAGGAAAAUGGGGAGAGAAGGAAAUCUGGGGCUCCGUGUGCUGUUUCACCCCUGUUUCCUACAAAUGAGUAUGACUAUGAUGAGUUUAACUGCGAAGUUGGAGAUGAUGCUAAUGAUCAGUAUGGUGGUGGGGGUAGGGGUGGGGGUGGUGACAACGACAAUAACAAGGAUAAGGAUAAAGAUAGCAUUCCUCUGGCAGAAGUCGAAACGCUGAAAACUACUAAAGAGGGCAUAGAUGGAGGACAUGUUGACGAAACCUUUACAGAUGAUCUCGUAGGGCUCAAUGAUUCAUUAGAUAACGAUUUAUAUCGCUUUUGA